UAAACCACCGCCGUGGUGCUGCCUGCACCUCCUCCACUUGCGAUUUCAGUAGACCUUGUAACCUCCCAUCCAACUCCUCCUGCCCUACUCCCAGCCCCGAAAAAUCUCCACCGUUUCUGACUACUCCCUCGAGUGCUCGUCGCCGAUUCGCCUCGCCCUUCCUGCCUCUUCCUUCUACGCUGGAUGUCUCAUCGGCGGCCUCUCCCUUGCCACCCUCACCGACUCCCGCCUUGGUUGCAAAAACGCCCUUGUUUUCUCCACUUUAAUCAUGUCUCUGGCCGCCGCCCUUACUGCAUUCUCUCCCAACCUAGCCGUCAACGCCGCCCUGCGCUUCGAAAUGUAUUGAGGAUACCUCCCAUUUGAUGAAGUUGGAUAAGGCCACAGAGAAUCUGCAACUCUUUAUUGCGGACUUAUUUGACUACAAUGCUAUUAAGGCAGCCAUUUCUGGUUGUGAAGGAGUUUUCCAUCUUGCUAGUCCUGUUAUUUUAACUGGAAUGUCAAAUCCAGAGGAAGAAAUAAUAAGACCUGCUCUUGUGGGCACUAAAAAUGUACUCAAAGCAUGCUCAGAGGCAGAUGUGAAAAGAGUUGUGGUUGUUGCAUCUGCUGCUGCUAUAGCAUGCAAUCCAGAUUGGCCACAAGACACUGUAUUGGAUGAGAGUAGCUGGUCAGAUGAAAAGUUUUGCAGGGAGACUAAGAGUUGGUAUUGCCUUUCCAAGACAUUGGCUGAGAAGGAGGCUUUCAAACAUGCACAGGAGCAUGGACUAGAUGUUGUUACUAUCUGUCCAAGUCUGGUUUUUGGGCCGCUGCUACAAUCAAAUGUGAAUCAUAGCAGCUCUUUGCUCCUCAGUUUUUUGAAAGGAUCUCCUGAGUUGAUAGAGAUUUAUGGUAGCGGAUCAUUUGUGGAUGUUAGAGAUGUCGCCAAUGCACUUCUUCUGGUGUAUGAGGAGCCUGAUGCUUCUGGACGUUAUAUUUGCUCAUUAAAACAGAUACAAAUUGCUGACUUGAUUGAUAUGUUGAAGAACAUAUAUCCUAAUUUCAAUUACCAUAACAAUAUCCCUGAAAUGAAUGAAGUAAAUGAUUUGAGUUCAGAGAAAUUAAAGAAGAUUGGAUGGAAGUGCAGGACGCUAAGGGAGACCAUUUCUGAUUCAGUUAGAUGCUAUCAAGAAGCUGGUCUUUUAAGCAUGGACUAGAAGGUCAUGUAAUGCCAAUUUAUACAUAUAGAUAAACUAUAAAAUAAAGUUGAGAAACCCACAGUGCUCAAUGAAUUACUUCGAUUACUCUAUCUAAAGUAAUGUCUUGUUAACUGUGAAAUCUAUUGCUUUCUUUGUGGAUCAAUAAUAUUUUAAUGCUAGUUUCAAAUGUAGUUGUGUUUUUUUCU